UUGAAUGUAAUGUAUAGUCAAUAGACUCACACAGUGUUUGACACAACACUACAGCAAACCAUCGAUUACUGCGACGACUAAAACAUAACAACAAAACACUUGAUUUUUUUGUUUGACGUUUCAUACCAUCCGACUGCCAGACCAUCGCGUUGGACAUCAUCUGCACCGACGAUUGUCAUCUUAAGUCGUCAGUGUUAUUGAGAUUAAAUAGAAGAACUUAUUUAAAGAAAAACGACAAUAAUUAGCAGUGAUGUCUGCCAAUAGAGGUGUACAACGACCUAACGGUGCCACUCAGGGCAAGAUAUGUCAGUUCAAACUGGUUUUAUUGGGCGAAUCAGCCGUCGGUAAAUCAAGUCUUGUGCUGCGCUUCGUAAAGGGACAGUUCCACGAGUACCAGGAGAGCACCAUUGGAGCUGCAUUCCUCACUCAAACGGUAUGUUUAGACGACACGACCGUUAAAUUUGAGAUCUGGGACACAGCCGGUCAAGAAAGGUAUCACUCGUUAGCGCCUAUGUAUUAUAGGGGAGCGCAGGCGGCUAUCGUUGUGUACGAUAUUACUAAUCAGGACACGUUUAGUCGAGCAAAGACAUGGGUUAAGGAAUUGCAACGACAGGCGAGUCCUAAUAUAGUGAUAGCUUUAGCCGGAAAUAAGGCUGACUUGGCUCAGAAGCGGGCGGUCGAGACCGAUGAGGCCCAGGCGUACGCCGACGAGAACGGACUACUAUUCAUGGAGACGUCCGCUAAGACAGCUAUGAAUGUAAACGAUAUUUUUCUGGCGAUCGCCAAAAAGUUACCCAAAACUGAUCAAAAUGCCGGUAACGCUGGAUCCGGGCCGGGACGUAGAGGUGUAGAUUUGAGUGAAAAUCCACAACAAUCGGGUGGUUGUUGUGGUAAAUGAGAUAUUAUUUAAUUAUAUUUCGAUUAUUAAUUUGAUAUAACAUUGAAAUAUAUAAAUAUAUAUAUAUAUAUAUAAAUAUUAUAUAAAAAGGCAAAACAUAUAAAAACAAUGAUUUUAAAUUUAUUUCCAAAAAUGACAAAAACAUACAAAAAAUUCAAUUCCAUCUCAAUUGUUGAGAGGAAUAGCUUUGAAGAGAUAUAUUUUGUAAAUAAUUUUAAAUUAUCUUCUGUUUUAUAUUAUAAUUAAUAUAUUAUUUCCACUAAUUAAUGAUAAAAACA